GUUAGGUGGAAAAGCGGAGGAAAAUUCUUCUAGAAUUUAGGAACACGCGAAAUAAAUUUUCGUAGCAUCGCUGCUUCGCUUUUGCCGCUAAAAAUAUUUGAUGAAAUUUAGGCGCAGAAAGUGCUUUAAGUUUGAAAAGAGGAAAAUUUAUUUCAAACUGACCAAUGUCAGGCAUUGCAAUAGCUAGACUCGCAGAGGAAAGGAAGGCGUGGAGGAAGGAUCAUCCUUUCGGAUUUGUUGCACGUCCGACAAAAAAUCCGGAUGGUACACUCAACUUGAUGAGUUGGGAGUGUGCAAUACCUGGGAAAAAAUCGACACCAUGGGAAGGAGGAUUAUACAAAUUACGAAUGAUCUUCAAAGACGAUUAUCCUUCGAGUCCACCAAAAUGUAAAUUUGAACCACCUCUCUUCCACCCAAAUGUAUAUCCAUCGGGAACAGUUUGCUUGUCGCUCUUAGAUGAAGAAAAAGAUUGGAGGCCAGCGAUUACGAUUAAACAAAUUCUUCUGGGCAUUCAAGAUCUCCUCAAUGAACCUAAUGUUAAAGACCCAGCUCAAGCAGAAGCGUAUACAAUCUACUGUCAAAAUCGACUUGAAUACGAGAAACGAGUGAGAGCUCAAGCGCGAGCGAUGGCACCACAAGAGUAGCUAGUCUACUAAAAUAUCGAUACAUUUCAGCUUUACGGAAUAAAAUUCUCGGGUCUCAUUUUUCUUUGUAUUUUUUUUUCAUUUCUAUUAACAAUUCUAUUUUUUAUGUUUGUGAUAAUUUCCAAUUGAUGAAGCAAUAAUGUUAUUCAAGUAUCAAUUAUUUUUAUUUAUAAUAACGGAAAGCAAAGAAAAUUUUUGUAAAAUUCCCUUGAAAUAUUAUUUUUAUCUUAUUCCCAAAAAGCUGAAAAUGACAAAUUUUUUCCUGUCGAUGAAAAAAAUAGGAUGGGAAAAAGGAAUUUAAAAAAAGAAACUUGGGAAUUAGACGAAUUGCUUUUGUUCUUAUAAAUGUAAAUCAGAGAAAAAUGUACGUCAAAUCGAUAAUUAAAUUAAUUUUUUACACAUAGCUUUUCAUCUAUAAAAUAACUGGAGAUUUUUUUUUCUGAAAAAAUAAUGUGAGAAAUUUCAUUUUGAAGGACUUUUUUUUCUUAUUAUGAAUAUAUUACGUUUAUAAAAAUCAGUAUUUUCACAUUUAAUGAAUAGUGAAUAAUUCAUUAUUUUGUGUCGGAUUUUUUAUUGAUUGAUGAAGAAUUUCUAUUUCUUAAUUUUUUGGAAAUAUAUAAACAGGACAAAGAAUGCGAUGAAUCGUAAGGAUAAUUAAAUAAAAUACUGUUUACUCGGAUGUGUAGUUAUAGAUCAGAAUUUAGUAUAGACAUGAGAAAACUAGUGUUAAGCGAUUAUUCCAUAUUGUCAAAUAGUCCUUUAAGAAUGAUGUUUUUAAAAAAAAGAUCUUUGCUCUGUUCUAUGGAGUGAAUAUUUUUCCUACGUUUAUAUAAUGUAAGUUAAAGGCAUAUUUCUUUAUAUUAUUGGCUGAAAGAUAUUGGUCCAUUGGCGAGACAAAGAAAAACAGUAAUUCGAAAAUUAGAAAAAUAAGAAAAAUUUUUUUUUUUAUAAGUAUUUCGCAUUUGACAAAAAAAACAUACACAGCUACGAUCGGAGUGUUUAUUUUUAGGGAAAAUUAUUUAAAUGUCUGUUAAGUACCGUAAAAAUCUUAAGCAAUUUAAUAAACUCUCUAUAAAUUA